AAAGUGGGUAAACUAUGCAAAAAUCUUAAGAAUUUGAGAAGGGGGCCAAUGCUUUUUCACGGGACUGUAUGAUACGGAAUGUCACGUGACCAAACUGGGAAAACAGGUUAGCGGACUUCCUGUAUAUGCUGCGAUAACUAGCAUAACACACGGGUUGGUGAGUGACAUUCGCUAACUUGUGUAAUUUUACCCUACAUGCAUGGUAAAUCGCUCUGUUGAUCAUAUGUAGCAUUAGCAAAAUCAAGUGAAACCAAAAAACACUCCUUCAAUAGACAACCAUUCACACCUAUGGACAAUUUAGAGUCUUCAAUGAACCUAACAGGCAUGUUUUUGGAAUGCGGGAAGAAGUCGAUAUACCUGGAGAAAACCCACACAAGUUGGGGAGACCACGACCCGAGCCAAGAUUCGAACCCUGUACCUUCAAUUGUGAGGCAGACCUGCCACCUACUCCCUCACCGUGCCUUCCCAUUAGAUUGUAUUUUGUAUUAUUUGGAUUUAAUAUGGCGGCACGGUGAACGACUGAUUAGCACAUCUGCCUCACAGUUCUGAGAACCCAGGUUCAAAUCCGGCCUCGCCUGUGUGGAGUUAGCAUGAUCUCCCCGUGCCUGGGUGGGUUUUGAUGGAUGAAUGGCUGGGUUUACUUGCUGUAAGUCACUUGUGGGACUCUCCACUUUUGGAAUAGCCUCUUGUUUAAAAAAAAAAAAAAGACAUCAACACAGUUGCGUUACCUCUUGAGUAAUAAGUAAUACUUGUCAGUCCAUGCUAAUUCGAUUUGUGCCCUAAAUUUGAUGUGCAGUGUGCACGGCUUUUUUUGAAAAAUGCAGUGCAUUGAACUGCAUGUGAACGUGGCCAACAGCGCCACCUAGUGGUGUUUUAGUGUCACUACAUGUAUUUCCUUCGGUCUGAGAUGAAAUUGCACCUUGGACGCUUCAAAUGAGUCGGUAAUCAUUGAGUACAUUUCACAUCAUAAUCAACAAGACUUUCAAAUUAUCCCUGCCUAAAUAAAAAAAUAUUUUUUAUUUAAAAAAAGACUUCGACUGUCAUUAAAAAGUACAUAUUUUAAUUUUUUUAAUGCUAGGCGACCCUUUCCAUAAUUAAUGAAUAAUCGCGAGUAAAAAUGUUGCUGUUUUUGUGGUUUUAUCUGAGUGCUGCCAGUUGCCGUGCUCCGCCGCGCCGAUUGGCUGCCGGGCUUCCGGUCUGUUCUCUGAUUGGCCAAGAUGACCGCUCGCACUCGCUGUGCACGUGCUCUGCACGCGAAGGUUGCUUUAUGCGAAACGUUUUGUUUUCCACUUUGCGUCUCGCUCGCAGCCCGUGGCUUUACGGUAACACCUGUUGGACCCACGAAACUCUUGGUCUAUUUGUUGUUUAUUCCACGCACUUAUUUAAUAGUCAGUUAUAAUUGAUAUUUGAUGUUGUGGAAUAUUAAAGGGUGAAAUUUAUUUAUUUUUUUUCCCUCGAUUAUUGCUGCGCGUACUAUUCCAGCCAUUACGGUAGCGACAACCUGCUGUUCCUCAGCUGGAGCGAGACAUCACCCCCCCCCCCCCCCCCCCCCCCCCCCCCACCCCCAGCAGCCUCAAAGCUCACAGAGCCGAGGCGACCUUUGAGUAAGUUACUUCUAGUCAGCAGCGGCAGCAGCAUCGUCGUGCAGGAUGUUAGACAACGAGGAGUAUCUGGUGGACGCCUGCCCGCGGGAGCUCACUCGGAACCCGCUGAGGAAGAUCUGGUUACCGGGCAAGAGCGGCCACAUAGCGCAGAGACGCGUAUGUAUGACCAACUGCCCAACCCUCAUUGUGACGGUCGGCCUUCCGGCGCGUGGGAAGACCUACAUCUCCAAGAAGCUAACGCGCUACUUAAACUGGAUCGGCGUGCCCACCAAAGAAUUCAACGUGGGCCAGUACCGCAGGGAGUGUGUGAAGAUCUACAAAUCAUUUGAGUUUUUCAGUCCGGAUAAUGAAGAGGGUUUAAAAAUCAGACGUCACUGUGCAAUGGCAGCUCUUAAUGACAUCCGCCAGUACCUGAGCGUGGAAGGAGGACAAGUGGCUGUUUUUGAUGCCACCAAUACGACAAGAGAAAGACGGGGGGCCAUUGUCAAGUUUGCGGAGCAAAAUGGCUUCAAGGUGUUCUUUGUGGAGUCUGUGUGUGAAGACCCAGACGUCAUCGCGCAAAACAUCGUGCAAGUGAAGCUCGGCAACCCAGACUACAUCCACUGUGACACUCAGGAGGCCAUCGAAGACUUCAUGAAGAGGAUCAAGUGUUACGAGUCGUCCUACCAGCCUCUGGAUGAGGUUCUGGACAGGGAAAUGCCCUACAUCAAGAUCAUGGACGUGGGCCGCCGUUACCUGGUGAACCGCGUACAGGACCACAUUCAGAGCCGGAUCGUGUACUACCUGAUGAACAUCCACAUCACGCCGCGCUCCAUCUACUUGAGUCGGCAUGGCGAGAGCGACCUCAACAUCAAAGGACGCAUUGGAGGCGACUCGGCCUUGUCGGGGCGGGGCAAAGAGUAUGCCAAAUGUCUGAAGAAGUAUAUCCAGGAGCAGAACAUCAAGGAUCUGAAGGUGUGGACAAGCCAGAUGAAGAGAACCAUCCAGACAGCCGAGUGUCUGGGAGUGCCGUACGAACAGUGGAAAUCUCUCAACGAGAUCGACGCUGGCGUGUGCGAGGAAAUGAUGUAUGAAGAGAUCCAAGAGCAUUACCCUCUGGAAUUUGCACUGAGAGACCAGGACAAAUAUCGCUACCGCUAUCCUAAAGGAGAGUCAUAUGAAGACCUGGUGCAGCGUCUGGAGCCUGUCAUCAUGGAGCUGGAGAGGCAAGAGAAUGUUCUGGUCAUUUGUCACCAGGCUGUCAUGCGCUGUCUUCUCGCUUACUUCCUAGACAAGACCGCAGUCGAGUUGCCUUAUCUUAAGUGCCCCUUGCACACAGUGUUGAAACUGACCCCAUUGGCUUACGGAUGCAAAGUGGAGUCCAUCUAUUUAGGCGUGGACGCCGUCAAUACACACCGAGAGCGACCGGAGAAUGUGAGCGUGCAGCGUAGCACAGAAGCUGCUCUGAAAACCGUGCCGGCGCACUUCUGACACCCUCGCUCACGCUUCCCGCGUGACCCCCUCACCUGCCUCUCGACGACGCUCAUCGUCAGCGAUAUGAAGAUGUUUGAGAGGAGCAUCCUGUUUUAUACUCCGACUCGAUGGGGGAAACUUUCCGAAUGGACAGCGUGUGUGUUUUUGUUACACUGUUAUAGACAACACAUCCUCCCGCACUGUCAGAAGCGCUCACUUAAUGUGUUGCUAUUUUAUAAAGCUGGUGUGAGAGCGCAAGAACUCUACAAUUACUGUUACUUAUAUUUUUUUUUAAAUAUGGGCGUCAGUGAUUAGAAAUCCAGUUGAUUAACAUAUUUUUGCAAAUAGUGGCCAGGAGGGUGUUUAUUUAGAUUACGAAUGAUGUCACGUGCCAAAAAACAUGUAAACGGACAAGGAUGGACACAUUGUCAGAAGAGUGAUUUAAAUCUCAACUUCACAUAAGACAGGAUUGUCUUAAAUAUGGACACCACAUUUUAAUUCAUCUGCAAGAUGAUGACGUAGGUCCUGCUGUUUGCUAGCAAAAGCGUUCAAAUAGGUUCAGCAGUUAACUAUUGUACGUGAACAAUCAGUCUACUACAAAUGGACUACAAAGUUAAAUACAGUACAACUGAACUGUACUUGGGUAGUAAUACUUUUACGUACCACGAGAGCACCCGUACCCUGCCAGUGGUACUAGUAUCAAACUGAGAAUCGCUGCAUCAGAGUGACAGCCACUAUUUGAGGAAAUAUGCUAAUAUGUCAUAAGCUGUGUAAAUCAUCAUAUGCAUGUCCUGUAUGAUACAAGAAGCAGUGGUGACGGAGUCACUGGUGCUUUUUUUGGGUCUACUUUUCCAAGAGCCUUUCGAACAUGUAGGAUCUUUGCAAAAUUGUUCCAGAUGUGGACAUGAAUUGAAGUGAUACACCUGAAAACACACAAAAUCGUCUUUGGGGUAACAUUAACAUGUAAAUGUGGUAGACUGUAACAGGUACAGCAAACAGAAAUGCCACAGAUUUUAGAAAUGGGCAACAUGGGGGAAAAUAUUUUGGUUGCGCAAAGUAGUGGAAUCUGUUUUGUUGACAAUCCACUAUCAAUUCCACACGAUCGACCAACUCUUAGCUAUCAAUAAUGCCCAUCCCCAACAUUCACACUCCAAUACUUAUUUACACGGAGAUUUGUGCCUGAAAACACAAAUCUUUACAUUUGUCAAAUGAUUUUAAUAAAGUAUGUUUGUGUUCUAUUAUAUAUUGGUUUGUGUACACGACUGUUGUGAAAAGUGUACUUGCCUUGCUGCUCCUUUCCAGUUUUGCAAAUGUCAAUAAAGUUUCUUUACUUGGUACCAGUCA